GACCGUUGCCAUGGGUGUUCAUGUUGACGCUGAUGGCGCAGCCGCGGAUGUCUCUUUUACGGUACUGAACGGCAACAGACAGACGCACGCACAGGCAUGUCGCAACUUGGGAUUAGGAGACGGGGUGGAGGCAUGAGAUGGCAAUGUACCCGAGAUGCCGCGAUAUGACGACAAUGUCGAACUCUCCCGUCUUCGGCCACGCAUUCUGUGCUGCUCGAGGCCAUGGUCAUGAUGUGGCUCCAGCAACAUCCUCUCAUUCAAAAAUGCCCGCACUCAUCUUGUUGCAGGCUCCAUGUCAUCUCCCCUUCCGAAAGGGCACUCACUGGAAAGGAAAGGAAUUUGACAGGAUGAGGGGAUGGGGGGAUGGGGGGAUGGGUGAAGGAGAGACGAAGAAGGCAGCUGCUAGGUACAAUUACAGGCCCCUACCUCACAGCAAGCACCCCCUUCCCUGCCACGCGACUUGCUCCCGGCCCGUACGUCUUUGCGCUUCAUCUGCUUUUCUGCUGCUGCUUCGUCUUGCGAUUCCGCUUUCCAUUCUCCACUUUCACUCUAUCGCCCUCCCACUUUGCCGACCGAGUGCACAAUUCUCAGCCACCAAGGGACUCUCUCCCCAUGACCUAUGACCCAUCCCGCUCUUAUGUCUCCCCCCCUGCCAAUUGAUGACAACAAGUGUCCGGGUGUGAGAGAUGUGGAGGUUGUUUCAAUUCCGCCCACCCCUGCUCGAAACGCAUCAAUACUCUAUGUACAUUGACG